AUGGUUGAUGUAAAAGAUGCAUUUGGUCGUGGAGAUGCUGAAAAGUCACGACUGUUGCAUCAACUUAAGACCGAGAUGGGAAGUCAUACACAUGCUCAAGAAAACCAUAUGAUUGGUGGUGAACAUAUUAAAAGUGCUGUCUAUGGAGGAUUAGAUGGUAUUAUUACUACCUUUGCAACUGUCACGUCAGUAGCUGGAUCUGGUUUACCACAUUCGGUGAUUCUUAUUAUUGGAUUAGCUCAUUUAGUAGCUGAUGGAUUAAGUAUGGGACUUGGUGAUAUGCUCAGUAGUCAAGCAGAAGCUGAUUUAUCCAAACAUGAACGUUCACGAGAAUCGUGGGAAUUUACAAAUUUUCCGGAAGGUGAAAUUGAAGAAAUGGUUACUCUCUAUGAGAAGAAAGGGAUUUCAACCGAUGAUGCAAUGCUUGUUGUACAUACAUUAGCCAAGUACAAGGAAGCAUUCAUUGAUAUUAUGAUGGUGGAAGAAUUAAAUCUGAUGCCCGUGGAAGAAGAUGACUCACCUUUGACUGGUGGGAUUAUCACAUUUCUCUCUUUUAUGUUUUUUGGUGUCAUUCCACUGCUCUCGUAUCUGAUCAAUUUAGUGCCAGGCAUUGACUUGAAUCCAUCUACAACAUUGUACCUAUCCUGCUUCCUAACAGUUGUUACAUUGUUUCUGUUGGGUGCUGUGAAGGGAAAAUUUGUUGGACAAAAGAUGUGGAAAGCGGGUGGUUCCAUGGCUAUUAACGGUACAAUUGCGGCCGCAUGUGGAUGGGUCAUUGGCUACUUGCUGCAACUCACGGGUAUCCAGAAUAUUGGAUAA